UAAUACUUAUCAAAUACCAGAUCUAAGCUUUAUUAAAAAAAUAAAACAAUCAGUAAAUAGAUCGAUUGAAACUGUUCUACGAUUUAGCAAGAUUUUUGAAUCCUUGAUUGCAGAUUCCACUCACACUAUCGAAUCCAUCUUGGAAAUACCAGAAUUUCAAUUUACUAAUAAUCAAACAGAUCUUGUAAAUACAUUCUUUGAAAGAUAUACACCAAAAGUCCAAUUAGCAACAUUCUUACAGUCUUUCUUACAUCGUCAAAACUCAGUACGUCGUGAAGCCGUUGAAUCAGAACCGACCAAAUAUUAUGAACCGUUUUCUGAAUCAACAGCAGACAUAAUAAUAUCAAAUAAUUUUAAUGAAUACGUAACCGAUGCGCUAAAACAAAAAACCGCAGCAAUAAUUAAAACCUAUUCAGAUUUAUUAAGUGAUGAAAUUGGAAUGGCAUUUUGGCAAUGUAAGGAUGUUGAGGAAGCUGCAGGAAUAAUAUUGUUGGAUGUUAAAUUCAGAGGACAUUUUACAUUUGCACGAAUUAUUAAAGCCUUACAAAGACGUGAUUUAUCUUUGGCGAGAGAAAAAAUUGAAAUGGUCGUUUAUGGAACUUACAAAGGAGUUAAAUUAUUCAAAGAUAAACCUAAGAACCCUGAAGAUCCAGAAUCUAUCGUUUGGUCUCCAUCAAGAACAAAUGUUUUCCGUAUUAUAAAUGCCCAGAAAAAAGCCAUUCCAGAAAAAGAAUUCUGGUUAAGAGUUAUGCCUGCCAACUAUAAGGGAUAUAUCGAAAGUUACUUUGAAUGGUCUGACACUCUUAAAAAUGAAGAUUCAUCGAAAAUGACUGAUAAUAAUAUAUUGCAAUUAAUUGGUAGAUUUCGAGGAGCUGAAAUAGUUCACGAAAAGGUUUCAAUUGCUGAGCAAAGUGAUCAAACAACUAUCAAUAUCGAUGUUGAAGAACUCAAAGAAAUCGCGAUUGUUCUUGAAGACAUCAAUAAAACAACAAAGGAUGUGAAAUUAUGGGUCCAAAAUAAAACUGAAGAAAUAUCCGAAGAGAAAUUACGUUUUACUGGAGCGGGAAAGGAAAGAAUUGAAGAAUUAUAA